CGGCGUCUUAAAUGCGCAAAGAAAGGACGCCGGGGACACGCGGUUGGGCUCUGCUGCUCCCUUCUGGGUUCCGAGGCCCAAGCCCUUGGGAGUGUUUGUGAGUGGAAGGGAGGUCACGCUAUCGUCCGCGGCCCCAGCAGCCCCGUGCCCUCAUUGGAUCCCGCGACGCGGCUCCUUUAAGAGCCUCGCGGGUCGCCCGCCGCUAGGUCGCUCCCUGGCCAUGCGGGCGCUGCGGGCCGGCCUGACCCUGGCGUUGGGCGCGGGGCUGGGUGCGGUCGUCGAGGGCUGGCGGCGGCGGCGGGAGGACGCGCGGGCGGCGCCGGGACUGCUGGGCCGGCUGCCCGUGCUGCCCGUGGCGGCGGCAGCCGAGUUGCCCCCUGUGCCCGGGGGACCCCGCGGCCCGGGCGAGCUGGCCAAGUACGGGCUGCCGGGGCUGGCGCAGCUCAAGAGCCGCGAGUCGUACGUGCUGUGCUACGACCCGCGCACCCGCGGCGCGCUCUGGGUGGUGGAGCAGCUGCGACCCGAGAGUCUCCGUGGCGACGGCGACCGGCGCGAGUGCGACUUCCGCGAGGACGACUCGGUGCACGCGUACCACCGUGCCACCAACGCCGACUACCGCGGCAGUGGCUUCGACCGCGGCCACCUGGCCGCCGCCGCCAACCACCGCUGGAGCCAGAAGGCCAUGGACGACACGUUCUACCUGAGCAACGUCGCGCCCCAGGUGCCCCACCUCAACCAGAAUGCCUGGAACAACCUGGAGAAAUACAGCCGCAGCUUGACCCGCAGCUACCAAAACGUCUAUGUCUGCACAGGGCCACUCUUCCUGCCCAGGACAGAGGCUGAUGGGAAAUCCUACGUAAAGUACCAGGUCAUCGGCAAGAACCACGUGGCAGUGCCCACACACUUCUUCAAGGUGCUCAUCCUGGAGGCAGCAGGUGGGCAAAUUGAGCUCCGCGCCUACGUGAUGCCCAACGCACCUGUGGAUGAGGCCAUCCCACUGGAGCGCUUCCUGGUGCCCAUUGAGAGCAUUGAGCGGGCUUCGGGGCUGCUCUUUGUGCCAAACAUCCUGGCACGGGCAGGCAGCCUUAAGGCCAUCACGGCAGGCAGUAAGUGAGGGUGGAGCUCAGUGAGACUGUGGGUGUGUGCAGGCCGGGGAGUAUUAAAGGUGGUGAUUUUUGGAGACAA